GCUCAUGAAUAUUAACAACGCUAUCUGAAACGACCGACGUGUGCCAUUUAAACGAAUUCUCUGCCGCCGGUGAGAACUAUCUACACAAGGUCGGACAAACAAUAAUUAUUACGUAAGGAUGACAGCCGGAUCCUUCAAGAACUGUGAUAGCCUGAUUCCAAAGCAGGAGUUGAUAGUUGAGAGACCGAAAGGGAGGUCUAGACACAGGUCUUCGCCCUCCGAAGCUCGAAGUGGAAAUUUUGAGAAAGAUAGACGAACUAACAGCCUUACAUCUCUACAUUUACCUUGUAUAGCAGCAGUGACGACCUCAAGCAGUUUAGAAAAUCUAAUGGAGGAAAGACGUUCUCAACAAUCUCAAGACUCGCAAGAAAUAAAGGAAGUAACACCCAGUGAAAGCUGUCAGGGUCUCCUUGGUGAAAAAGACAACUGGAGAUCAACCGUUUUCCAGCCAACUACAUUCCAAAAAGUAUUGGUUGUAUUUGUACUGACCCUUGCCAACAUUCUGAACUAUAUGGAUAGAUAUACAGUUGCAGGCGUUCUGAAACUGAUUGAGAUUGAAUUCUUCGGGGAAGAAGGAAACAACCGUAGCCAAUUAGGUUUAUUACAAACAGCUUUUGUUAUAUCUUACAUGAUAUUCUCACCUAUAUUUGGAUUUUUGGGUGAUCGCUAUAAUAGGAAAGCUCUUAUGAUUGUUGGUAUAGGUUUUUGGUCUGUUAUAACGUUGGUUAGCUCAUUUGUUACUAAAAAUUAUUGGACUUUUUUACUGAUGAGAGCUCUUGUUGGUAUUGGAGAAGCUAGUUAUUCAACUAUAGCUCCAACGAUUAUAGCCGAUUACUUUAUUGAUGGUAUGAGGAGUAAAAUGCUCGCUGUAUUCUAUUUUGCUAUUCCAGUUGGGUCUGGUUUAGGUUAUAUAAUGUCGUCAGGUGUUGCUAAAGCCGCCUCUGGCGAAUGGGCUUGGUCGUUUAGAGUCACGCCCAUAUUAGGUGUAUUUUGUAUAUUUGGCUUAUUUUUCAUCCGUAUCCCAGCUAGAGGAGCUUCUGAAGGGGCAGUUCACCUUAAGAACACUUCUCUCAAAAAAGACAUAAAGUAUUUGCUGGCCAAUGGCAGCUUUAUGUUCUCAACAUUAGGCUUUACUUGUGUAUCUUUCGUGGCUGGUGCACUGGCGCUUUGGACGCCUUAUUAUAUAAGUGAUUCUCUUAAAGUUAAUUUUGAGGAGAGAGGAAUACUUCAACCAAUGUCAAAAGAAACUAUUAAUAUAACUUUUGGAGUAUGCACAUGCAUAACAGGUUUAUUAGGUGUGGCAAUUGGUGCUACAAGCGCAAGAUUCCUCAGAAGAUGGACUCAAAAGUCUGAUCCAAUUGUCUGUGGAAUUGGCUUGGCUGUUGCUGCACCAACAAUUUUUAUAGCAAUUGCGUUAUCUUGUAUUAAUCUCAAAGCGACGUGGGCUUUCAUAUUUAUUUCCGAGCUGUUUCUUUCCUUAAAUUGGUCAAUUGUCGCCGAUAUUCUUAUGUGCGUUGUAAUUCCUACAAGAAGGUCAAUGGCCGAAGCUAUUCAAAUUCUAAUAUCACAUGCCUUCGGGGACGCGGGAAGCCCAUUCUUAGUAGGACAGAUUGCUGACGGAAUAGGAAAAAUUGUUUGCUCAUUGGGUGCAAUUUGUUUCUUUGCCACUGCGCACUUUAUCUCAAAAGACCGAAAAGCAGUUAAUGAUGUCGUUCAUAAGGGUGAAAUUGAAAUGGAGUCCUCAAAUACUAAUUGCUCAGUUAUUGGACAAGAAAAACCACCUAUAGCUUAG